AUGGCGAACAUGCUACCCAGAGACGAGAGAUAUCGAUCCCCACUGUCAGGCGGACCAUAUGGCGUGAGUCCUCGCAGCAUGCCCUCUCGAGACUUCGAUGUUGCUCUCCAACAAGCUCAAUAUGGAGUUCAAGCACCUGAUUACCUUAACUAUGCACCCGGCCCGCAUACGCCUCCAUCGAUGCCAAUGAACUAUCCUCCGCAGCAGCGGUACGACGAGAUGGCGCUUUAUAAUAACGACAACUCGAAUACGACGCAAGAGCUCAUGCGGAGAACCAACCUGGCAGUUUCAUUGGCAAAUCACAAUGUGAAUCCGCGGUCGAACGUGUCGAUGGUGCAUCCCAUGAUGUGCAUGAAUGGGAGAUUUCCAGUAGAUUUUCGGACACCGAAGACGCUUGAGGAGAUUAAACUGUUGGAAUCCACGCAAAUCGAUCGUAUCCUUCAGGAGUACAAGAUUCCACAUGAUACGCGCUCUUUGCUCAAUAUACUUGCAUCCUCGGGCGUUAGGGUGAAUUCUGAUAAUGUGAGCUCGGGUCGAUUAAGACAGGCGAAGCUGCAGCUUCUCUUCGAGCAUUUGGGAGCGACGAGGGUGGUCGAGGAGGGAGGAUUCAAGCGAUCCAGAUAUUGA